CUACAACAACACGAGACCAUUGGUGAGGGGCUGGAAUGACGUUGUUGCAAGAGUUGCCGGGAAUUUUAGGAUACAUAGGUUGUUUGGUGACUUCGGGUGAGGGAAACCAUUUGUUGACAUCUUUCCAGUUUUGAACAGAUCCCUGGUUUCCUACAUCAUCAUGUCCUCAGAGAAAACCUUAGAAGAUGAGGACACAUUCAAGAUCCUGAUUGCAACAGAUAUUCAUCUUGGUUACCUUGAGAAAGAUGCUAUCCGUGGCCAAGACACAUACAACACCCUAAAUGAAAUCUUAGAUUGUGCAAAGAAAAAUAAGGUGGACUUUAUCCUGCUGGGCGGAGAUUUGUUUCAUGAGAACAAACCUUCACGACGAUGCCUUCACAGUAGCAUCUCGAUGCUGAGGAAAUACUGCAUGGGAGACUCUCCUGUAACAUUUAAUAUCCUCAGUGACCAGACUGUCAACUUCAACACAACACAGUUCCCCUGGGUGAACUAUCAGGAUGAGAACCUUAACAUCUCGAUUCCUGUGUUCAGCAUUCAUGGCAAUCAUGAUGAUCCAACUGGGGCGGAAGGUUUGUGUGCGUUGGAUCUGCUGAGCGCUUCUGGUCUUGUCAAUCACUUUGGCCACUCCCACUCAGUGGAGCGGAUAGAGAUCAGUCCCGUCCUCAUGCAGAAAGGCAGCACAAAGCUGGCCCUUUAUGGCCUUGGUUCUAUCCCAGAUGAGCGCUUGUACAGGAUGUUUGUUAACAAACAGGUUACCAUGCUUCGACCCAAAGAGGACCAAGAUGGCUGGUUUAAUCUUUUUGCGAUCCACCAGAACAGGAGUAAGCACGGUCCCACAAACUACAUACCCGAGCAAUUCCUAGAUGACUUUCUCGACCUGGUGGUGUGGGGUCACGAACACGAGUGUUUGAUCACCCCCGCUAGAAAUGAGCAGCAGCUCUUCUACGUGACCCAGCCGGGCAGCUCUGUAGCAACCUCCCUGUCUCCUGGAGAAGCGACUAAAAAACACAUAGGACUAUUGAAAGUGAAAGGUCGCAAGAUGAACAUGCAAAAGAUCCCCUUGAAGACGGUUCGUCAGUUCUUCAUUCAGGAUGUGGUUCUGGCUGACUAUGAAGACCUCUUCACACCUGAGACACCUCAGGUCACAAAGAAGAUGGAGGACCUGUGCUAUGCAAAGGUCAUAGAAAUGCUGGAGGAGGCUGAGAAGGAAAGAAUCGGCUGUCCGCUCACACCAGAGAAACCUUUAGUUCGGCUGAGAGUGGACUACAGUGGAGGGUUUGAGACUUUCAACACCUCUCGCUUUAGUCAGAAGUUUGUGGACCGUGUGGCUAACCCAAAAGACAUCAUUCACUUCCUCAGAAAGCGCGAGUAUAAGGACGACAUCAAAGAUGAGGUCACCAUUGACUAUGGCAAGCUGAUAAAACCGACUGCGGUGGGAGGACUGAGAGUGGAGGACAUGGUGAAGCAGUACUUUGAGGCAGCUGAGCAGAAAGUCCAGCUCUCCCUGCUGACCGAACAGGGCAUGGGGAAGGCCAUUCAGGAGUAUGUAGACAAAGAUGAGAAGGAUGCAAUUGAGGAGCUCAUCACCUGCCAGUUAGAGAAGACACAGCGCCACCUUCAGGCCAGAGGAGUAACUACAGAGCAGGAUAUAGACGCAGAGAUCCAGUUAUUUAGACAGUCCAAGAAGAACACGACUGAAGAAGAGAAUGAUUUUAGAGAAGCUAUGAACAGAGCCAAAGCCAACCGGUUGGAGCGUGGAGAGGAAUCUGUAGAUCAGGAUAUGCCAGAUGUUGACAUGAACUUUGCUGAUGAUGAUGUAGUUGCGUCCCCUGCUCCUACACGGGGCAGAGGAAGAGGAGGCAGAGGACGAGGUGGUCGAGGCAGGGGCAAAGCAGCUUCAGAAGCAAGGCCAGCUGGUCGAGAUCGGGCCCAGAAAUCAGCAGCAGCGAGCCAAAGCAGAAGCAUAAUGCAGGCAUUUCAGGCUUCUUCUCAGAGAUUUCAAACCAAAGCCUCCACAUCUUCUAGAGCUGAUGAGAUGAUCAUAGAUGACUCGGAUGAAGAAAUACCUGUAAUGAAAGCCGCCAAAGCACCUUCAAGACCUGCGUUAUCAUCAUCAUCCUUCUCUAAGAACAGCUCUCAGAGCCAGACUUCUCGUGGAGUUGAAUUUGAUGACAGUGAUGAUGAGGAUAACCCCUUCAAAGCCUCCAGCCAUCGCUCCAGAAAAUAACCACAAGUGUGUUUGUCGCGCUAUAAUUAUUUCUGCAGGAGAUGUUGUUCUGAAGGACUUCGGUUGCUUUUGCAUCUAAUGUUUUACGUCCUCUGCCAUGUUUACGAUACAUAAUUUGUCACACUUUGUUGCAUAAUUGAAUAAAUCAGUCAGGAGGGAGGUGGAAGAAAGGAAAAGUGUUUCCUGUUCAGUUUUUUAUUUGAUUUUUCUCCAACCAAACCCAGUUGGAAAAGAGCCUGUUAUUGUUGAUUCACACUGAUUUAGAUUGAGGUUUUCUACCUUUCUCAGGUGUAAUUUCUGUAAAUAAGUGUUUUUUAUGUAUGCCAACCUUAAUGGAGCUUCGUCACAUUUUAUAUUCAAAAUGAGCAACUGAUUUGUUGCUAAAGACUUAAAUAGUCAAGCCAAACUUUAUGCACUGCUGUUAAAACUGUUGUAAUAUGAAUUGUUUUAGUUAUAAAAAAUAAAAUAACCGAAUUUGUAA